UUAGAUGUUGAACAUCUAAAAGAUUUAAAAAAGUAUUUUUUUUAUUACGACGAUAAAGAACAUUCAUUAAACAAGGACGAAUUUGUAGCAGCAAUAUAUUCAGUUAUUGGUAAUGAUUUAUACGCGAAGGAGGCUGAUGAUUUUUUCGAACAAGUAUGCGUUGAAGAUUUUAAUACAAAAGAAGAUGUUAUUUACUGGAAACAACUUAUGAAUGAAAUUCGAUGUAGUACAUACUUUUUUCAAGAUAUCUGGGAUGCAUUACCUUUUGACCAAAAUAGUAUAACCAUGAAUUUAAUGCCACAUUGUAAACAUGAAUCCAUAGUCAAAGUGAUUAGUAUAGAAACAGAAGAAUUCUUUUGUUACACUGUUUUUUCUCGACUAGGCCAAGUGGGCAUCUAUGAUGGUCGUCUUAACUUACUUAGGGAAUACGUAGUACAAUUGUCUCAAUGUCCCGAUGACUUAGUACGGGCGGCUCGUCGACGACGUAAUAUUUGGAUCAAUGAUGCAAUAUACUUACCAGAUGCUCAAUUCAUAACUAUUGCUGCAUCAGACGGCUCUAUCCAUUUUGUGGAUACCGUUUGUCUAGUUCAUGUGCCAACUUUUUGUAUUACUGGUUUAAAAGCAACGCCGACUUGUUUAGAAUACUGUCCUGGAAAUUCUUCACUUUUGUUUAUUGGUGACGAUAAUGGCAGUAUUUCUCAAAUGGAAUUUCUUCAACCAAAACGAUCGUUAUUUAAACGAGAUCCAACGAAUAAAGUCGAUACAUAUUUUUGGAAAGAUUUAGAAUAUCAACAAGAAUGGGUUAAAAUACAUACUUGUGGAAUUCCAAUUCAUCCAGACAGUAUUAAACAUAUUAUUUAUUGUCAAUCUGAUGAAGCUACAAUAAGUUGUUGUCGAGACCAUAAACAAUCUCUAGUCAUUAAACAUAUAAGAGAUGAAUGGAAUCCAUACGUAUUUAACAUUCGACAUGUAUUAACCGUAGUUUCAUUUAAAUUAUUAAUUAAUGGUGUACGAUGUUUUCAUUACAAUGCAACAUUAAAAUUAUUAGUGACUGGAUGUUCACGCACAGUUUAUAUUUGGAAUCCAGUAGUAACAAAAAUGUAUCUUGCUAAAUUAGAAGGGCAUACAAAUUCAGUUGUAGAUGUCAGAAUUUUUGAACACUUCAAUCUUGUAAUAAGCGUUUCAAAGGAUGAAGUACUCAAAGUAUGGAGUUUAAAUACCUAUGUUUGUUUACAAACAAUUCAAUUUAAUUUUCCUGUUUAUAAUGUACUUGGAAAAUCAGUUGAAUUUAGUGGUCGAACAUUUUAUCCAGGACCAAUCAUUAAACAACCACCAGAAGAACAAGCGUCAUUAAAAUCUAUUGAUGCAAGUAACAUAACUAGUGCGCAAACUAGUGUUUAUAUGCCUAAGGAAAAUUGGGAAUCCGAAGUAUUGAUAAUUGUUUGUUCUAACUAUUUAUCAACAAUAAAACAAAAUUUAAAGGAUUAUUCCCAAAAUCAUUCUCCUCUUCCUCCGCCAGUAGAAGACAAAAAACCAGCGCUUCCAUCAGAAUGGAGUUUCAGUGAUACCGAUCAGAUUAUCAUCGAUGAAAUUGAUAGUACAUUUAUAGAACCACCAAAAAUAGAAAAUGACAAAAUAAAAAAUUUGCUAAUUAAAUCAAGACCUCCAUUAGACCAUGAAGCUUUUAACCAAGAUACACAUAAAAAGUCGAUAAAUACUAAAAUGAAGAAGCACGUAGAUGAAAUGGUGAAAAAUGGAACACCUUAUUUAGCAAUGCACUUAUAUCCCGUAUAUAAAUUAGAACUAUCUAAAAAUUUGGCGUUGAGCGAUGCUACAAAAUCAAGGUUCCCGUUUAUAGAAAAAAUGGAUGAUAUAUUUUGUGAUGGGAUUGCAUAUGAUGAAAAAAUUAAGUCACCUACGAAGGAACAAAAUAAAAAAAAACAGAUUAACAUAAAACAAUUGAUGGAAAUUAUAAAUACAUUAGAAUUAGACGAAGAUAGUGAUAUUGAAAAAAUUAUAAGCGAAUUUAUUUAAUAAUAUCCAUCCCUCGUUUCAAAAACAACUUAAACAAUUUUUUAACUAUAAAAUCAAUUUUGGUCUAGAGCUAGACCCUACAUUUACGGAGCAUAUGGAUUAUUUUAUUCUUUCCUUUUUUCAGCGUCCAAAUAGAUUUUACCGGUUUGGGUUAUUUUUUAGUGUAAACCAAUUCAAAAUUGGUGGACUA